AUAAUGCAGCUGUAGUUUGUCACAUUGUAAAGCUAAAGCUUUAUUGAAUACAUUCCUGCAUUUUGCUGACCUAUACCAAGCUGUCAGUGGUUGAAUUAUCGUGAACAAGUCAGGGAUGAACUUUCCAUCGUUGUUUAACAGAAAUGAUCUGAGCUCAGUUACAUUUUUGCAACAGCAGCUAUUGUAUGUCAUCUGUUUUCUCCUUUUUACUUUGUAUUCCCGUGACAUCAAUCACAAAUCCCAUAAGUCAUUGUUGUAAAGUUUUCAGUCUUUAAAGAAUUUUGCCUGACCCUGAUUUUCUGUCAAAUGGCAGAAUAACUUUCCCACCAUCAAGUCUUCAGACAGAAUGUCUUUCAUACUGAUCACAUUUGGACUUGGUGACCCACGCACAGUGCGCUUGUGCAAAACUCCCUUAACAAUGGAGAAUAGUGCACGAACGUACGCAAACUACGUAAGGCGGAAGUAGAGCGAAAUUGUUAGUAACACUGGGAAUACACGUCAGAAAGAUAACAUGUCUCUGUUAAACUGUCAGCCGAGCUGAACUGUGACAGGACAAGAACACGUCCUUGUUCUCCGCUGACUAAUACCCCGCUGCUGCUGCUCCCUCACUGGGUUAUUCCACAUACAUUAGCAGAUGAAUGUAGCGAUGUCUUAAAACAUGUCUCACCCAGGAGCCAGUGGAGCACCAGGCUGCCCCCACGUCUCUGAGCUGUACGCCAGUGUUCCGCGGACAUGUCUGCCCAUCGUCUACCACCCUGACUACAACAUCACUUUCAUGGGCCUUGAAAAGCUUCAUCCAUUUGAUGCAGGGAAGUGGGGCAAGGUCAUCAACUUCUUGAAAGAGGAGCAGUUUCUUACAGAUGAUAAUAUUGUGGAAGCUCGGGAAGCUGCUGAAGAGGAUCUGCUCAUAGUUCAUACCAAACGCUACCUCAACCGAUUAAAGUGGUCUUUUGUGGUGGCAACAAUAACAGAAAUUCCACCACUUCUGUUCCUGCCUAAUUUCCUGGUACAGCGAAAAGUGUUAAGGCCUUUACGGACACAGACAGGAGGAACAAUCAUGGCAGGCAAGUUGGCUGUUGAACGAGGAUGGGCCAUAAAUGUAGGGGGAGGAUUCCACCAUUGCUCCAGUGACAGGGGAGGGGGAUUCUGUGCCUACGCUGACAUAACCUUGGCCAUAAAGUUUCUGUUUGAGAGAGUUGAAGGAAUCUCCAGAGCUACCAUCAUCGAUUUGGAUGCCCAUCAGGGAAAUGGACAUGAGCGUGACUUCAUGGAGGACAGGCGGGUCUUCAUCAUGGACAUGUAUAAUCGCUACAUCUACCCAAGGGACGGCUAUGCCAAACAAGCCAUAAAUAGGAAGGUAGAGCUCGACUGGGGUACUGAAGAUUCAGAGUACCUCCAGAAGGUAGAACUCCACUCAGAGGGAGCUCUGAACGAGAUCCGCCCUGACAUCAUAAUCUAUAACGCAGGCACAGACAUUUUGGACGGAGACCCUCUCGGAGGACUCUCCAUAUCGCCACAGGGCAUCGUGAAGAGAGAUGAGUUAGUGUUCAGGGCUGCGAAGCGGCGGAACAUUCCAAUACUAAUGGUAACGUCUGGCGGAUACCAGAAAAAAACAGCCCGCAUCAUCGCAGACUCCAUUCUUAACUUGCACCGUCAGGGCAUGAUUGAAGCAGAGUCACUGGAGGGAGAGGUGUCGUCAUCACUGGUGACUGGUAUGAUGAGGCACUCUGGGAACGCAGCAUCCAAUGUCGUCUGAUGUUUACAGGUUUUAAAGAACGCACUGGUAAUAUGGGGUAUAGAGUGUGAUUGUACAUGUCCAACCAAUAAUUAUUCACACAUUUAUGAAAUGGUUUUAUACAGAAAGAAUCAGCUGGUUAAGGGCGGUACUAAUCAUUAAGUUAACAGUGUGAUUACAUUUUGUAGGUUACUGAUAAAUCAGAUUUACUUGAGCUUUAAUAUCAUUAAAUAUUAAAACUGAGAACAUUCAGUUCCUGCUUUAGGAUUAAAUCAGUGUUUCUUUAUCAGUUUUGGUGUACAUGUAAAAAACAGGUGAUUUUCUCUUUACUUUAAUUUACUUUCUCAGUGUGAAACUUUGACUUUUUUUAGUUGAACACAACACUGAUAAACUCACAGGAAUUGAAGAAAGACACACAUCUUCAUCUGCUCUGAGUCUCUCUUUUUUUAAGUCUUUUUAGCCAUCUGCUGCCACCAAUCUUCCUUAGUACACCUGCCGUGCCACACUAAUGCCUUGCCACAGUGGUCUGGAAUCACAAGCUUACACUGUGUGAGUUAACAGGUCCAUAUGUCUGUGAUGAGGGAAUAUUGGAACUUGAAGAAAGUCUGUAGGUUUUGAACCUAAUUAACUAUCGCUGAAGCGCGUGCAGCACUUUAAAAUUCCUCACAUAUCUGUAGUUGUUAUUGUGUUAUUGUAUAUCUUCAAUCAUCACAUCUAAUUAGUGUAAUAACUAUCAGCAAUUAACAGGUUUAGUAGAUUAUGAAACAAUAAAAUGAAGACUUAAAUAAUGCUCAUUGUUAUUCAGUUAAAGGUUUUGUUAUUUUUCUGAAUAUGACGCUUAAAGUAGUAAGAACACUAUCAAUCUCUGGAACAGGUUAAAUUGGACAGAUUCUUUUUAGGGCCUUCAAUUUUAUAAUGAAAAUCCAAACUGGAACCCUAAACCAUCCCAUUGGUUUUUUGGAGGUUUUAAGACGUUCGUCCGUUAGCCUGUUUGGAAUGGGUCCACCUGGGAUAGUUGGGAAACCAACUGAAAGUUUGUUCAGUCAGUUCUACAGCCAUGAGAUUUUGUUGAACGCAGUGUCAAAGCAUUAAAUUACAUAUAGAAAUAAAGUGGUGUCAUGUUUACUUUGAACCUAAAAAAUCAUUGUUUAAUCAGGGGAAAGGCAUGCUGGGAUUGGAAAGACUGCCUGAAAAUACAGGGAUUUUUUGAGGGACAUUAUUCAUGAGAGAUGGAAUUUGGUUGAAAAAAAGAAUUAAAAGCAAUAAAAUGGCGUUUAAAACAA